CCUCUGUGCUUUGCCUGCUGGCAAAGCAGACAGACUCCUGUCACCCUGUAUCACAGAAAACAUGGCCAGGAGGACCUUGGACAUCAAAGCAAGCCAAAAAUCCAUCAGGUUGGACGGGGUGGCUGUCUGUCCAGCUUCUAGGUGGUAAUCACCCAUGUCGCUUCUCUGUGUCAUUUUGUGCACAGCAGGGAAGAUGAGCACAGAGGAUGCUGGCAAUGGGACCUUUCCUACCCCACCUCUUCUUGGGCUUCUGGUUUCAACCACCAAGCUGGUCCCACCCAUUACUGCAUCCACUGAGAAGGCAGACCCGCUGCCUGUCGUCAUCGUGCUCGUCUCCAUCUUCCUCCUCCUGGCGACCUUCCUCAUCUUUGUCACCCUCUGCAAGCCAGCGGCGCUGGACCAGUCCCGCUCCAGGCCCCAUGAGUGCAUGCCCCAUCACCCAGCAGAUGCCAGUGAGCCCCAGCUGAGGCUCUGGAAGCGGCUGGGCUCCCUGCGAUGCUCCAUCAGCACCUUCAGGAGGAGUCGGCUGGUGUCGCAGAGCCAGCUCGCCAGUCCCAGGAGCUCCCCUGCCAGCAAGGACUGGGACGUCAUGGAGUCCACCAAAAUGUGAUCUUGCUCUGCAGCAACUAGCUCACCCUGCACCGCUAUUCUUUCCCAAGCUUUUGGUUCAGGCUCAGCUCCCUCUUCAAACAGCCCCUGGUAAACUGGGCAUCAUGGCAGAGCCCCUUUAAGCAGCUUAUUUCCAGGCAGCAGCUCUGCAAGGUGACAAGAGAGUUUGCUACUUCAGGUUCCUGAAUGCUUUCCAGGUUACUGUUUCCUGGCAGGAAAAGCGGAGGCAUCCAAACUACACCCACACGCAGCUAUCACCAAGCAGUUGAAAAAAAGAUUGCUGCUAAAUUUCUUUUGGAAAACAUCGCGCAAGUUGUGAGGCACCUGAACAAACAGCCUGGGUGAGAGCAGAGCAGCUUGGCUGCCCAACAAACACUGCCUUGAAGAGAGGCAUCCCAGGGCAAAUGUGCUCCACAAAAAGCAAUCCUUCGCAGAGAUUGUCCCCCAAGAUGUGCUCCUGAGGAGGUGGAGGAAGGAUCGUGCCCCCCGCAUGCUGUCCGGUCCCUGUCGCCUCCCUCCCCGUGCAACGAGCUGUGGGUCGCUGCGGUUGAUGCUUGGAAGGAUGCAUGCUACAGCUGUCUGCUGGAAACCGGCUUCAAUAAACAAGCAGCGGGAGCAGGUAAAACUGCCUAUAAAUGCAUUAAAGAGGCCUUUUGAGGCUCGCAGGUGCUGCCAGCUUGGAAAGCCACCACGCAACGCUGAGCCACUCGUUUCUGCUGGGAAAGGGUACAACAGCCAGCAGGCAAUCUGAAGUGCUUAAAGGAAUCGGUAGGAAAAAGAAAAAGUGGUUUAAUUCUUUCAGGUCUGCAGCUCGCACUAUGUUCAGACAUCGAAUUCACCCCUUUGGGUAAAGUCUCUAUGCCCAGCGAGACUGGAUGACGAGCACUGAACCUUAUCUCUCUGGGUUUCACACGGUUUCUGACCCUCGUGGGGUGCAGCUCUAUGCCAAGGCCUCUCUGGUCUGCCUGGGACAUUCCCCCUCUCCUCCUGCCCUGGGCUGCCUGGCUUUUGGACCUGCAGCUGUAUAGCUGCUCACAUAGCUCUAAAAGUGCUAAACAAGCUGGGUUAAAAUGAACAGCAAAACAGCUCGGAGCCCCUGGCUGUUUAAAGCCAGGUCAAUCUGUUGAUCAGGGCUGGAGCGGAGGAUGCAGAGGGCUGGAUGGGGGCUAAUGAGGGCAGCGUCUGCAAGAAGGGGAUGGGGAAACCUUCAAAAACUCUCUUGUUGCCAUGGGGAUGUGGGGAUCUAUUUGAAUUCAGUAAACAUGCUUCACUUUUAAAGGUGUAA